CCCCCGCCGCCGGCUCCUGGGCGGGCCCGAGCGCGCGUCCGCCGAAGGUGCAGCCGCGGCCGGGAGAGGAUGCUUCGGGCCUAGCGGAGCCGGGACUGGAGCAACAUGAACCGUGAAGACCGGAAUGUGCUGCGCAUGAAAGAACGGGAAAGGCGGAAUCAGGAGAUUCAGCAGGGUGAAGACGCCUUCCCGCCCAGCUCUCCUCUCUUCGCUGAGCCUUACAAAGUUACUAGCAAAGAAGAUAAGCUAUCAAGUCGUAUUCAGAGUAUGCUUGGAGACUACGAUGAAAUGAAGGAAUUCAUAGGAGACAGAUCUAUACCAAAGCUUGUUGCAAUUCCCAAGCCUACAGUACCACCAACAGCUGAUGAAAAAUCAAAUCCAAAUUUCUUUGAGCAGAGACAUGGAGGUGCUCAUCAGAGUAGCAAAUGGACUCCAGUAGGGCCUGCGCCCAGCACUUCACAGGCUCAGAAGCGGUCCUCUGGCUUACAGAGUGGACACAGUGGCCAGCGGGCCAGUGCAGGUGGUGCUACUAGUGGUGGCCAGAGGCAUGAGCGUGAACCCUACAGCAGUAGCCGGAGAAAAGGCCAGCAUGGGUCAGAACACUCCAAGUCACGAUCCUCAAGCCCUGGAAAACCCCAGGCUGUUUCUUCAUUAAGCUCUAGUCAUUCCAGGUCUCACGGGAAUGAUCACCAUGGCAAGGAACAUCCGCGCUCCAAAUCACCUCGGGACCCUGAGGCCAAUUGGGAUUCUCCUUCCCGUGUUCCUUUUUCAAGUGGGCAGCACUCAAAUCAGUCUUUCCCACCUUCACUGAUGUCAAAGUCCAGCUCCAUGUUACAGAAACCCACUGCUUACGUCCGGCCCAUGGAUGGACAGGAGUCCAUGGAACCAAAGCUGUCCUCUGAGCACUACAGCAGUCAGUCCCAUGGCAACAGCAUGACUGAGCUGAAGCCCAGCAGCAAAGCACAUCUCACCAAGCUGAAAAUACCAUCCCAACCUCUGGAUGCAUCAGUUUCCGGUGAUGUGAGCUGUGUGGAUGAAAUUCUUAAAGAGAUGACGCACUCAUGGCCUCCCCCUCUAACGGCUAUUCACACACCAUGCAAAACAGAACCUUCUAAAUUUCCUUUUCCAACUAAGGAGUCUCAGCAAUCUAACUUUGGCGCUGGAGAACAAAAAAGAUAUAAUCCUUCUAAAACUUCAAAUGGGCACCAGUCAAAAUCCAUGUUAAAAGAUGACUUAAAGCUGAGCAGCAGUGAAGACAGUGAUGGGGAACAGGAUUGUGAUAAGACAAUGCCCAGGAGUACACCAGGAAGUAACUCUGAACCUUCACAUCACCAUAGUGAAGGAGCAGAUAACUCCAGGGAGGAUUCAAGCAGCCACAGUGGAUCUGAAAGCAGCUCUGGAUCUGACUCAGAGAGUGAAAGUAGUUCCAGUGACAGUGAGGCCAAUGAGCCCUCCCAGAGCGCGUCUCCUGAGCCUGAACCACCACCAACAAACAAAUGGCAACUUGAUAACUGGUUGAACAAAGUGAACCCACACAAAGUGUCUCCAGCGUCUUCUGUAGAUAGUAACAUCCCGUUGUCUCAGGCCUACAAAAAAGAAGGCCGAGAGCCAGGGAGCAGCAGCUACACUGAGCCUGGCGGGCCAAAAGAAACAAGUGCUGCUACUCCAGGAAGAGAUUCCAAAACCAUCCAAAAGGGAUCAGAAAGUGGGCGUGGCAGGCAGAAGUCUCCUGCCCAGAGUGACAGUACAACACAGAGGAGAACUGUAGGCAAAAAACAACCCAAAAAAGCUGAGAAGUCAGCUGCUGAAGAGCCUCGUGGAGGCCUAAAGAUAGAAAGUGAAACCCCUAUUGACAUGGCUGCCAGCAUGCCUUCCAGCAGACACAAGGCAGCCACCAAAGGCUCACGGAAACCCAGUAUCAAAAAGGAGUCCAAAUCUUCCCCUCGGCCGACAGCAGAGAAAAAGAAAUACAAGUCAACAAGUAAAUCUUCCCAGAAGUCACGGGAAAUCAUAGAAACAGAUGCCUCGUCCUCAGAUUCAGACGAAAGUGAGAGCCUUGCCCCUUCCUCACAAACCCCUAAGUAUCCUGACAGCAGUAGGACUCCUGUUAAACCCUCCUCAGUGGAGGAAGAAGAUAGCUUUUUUCGGCAACGAAUGUUCUCUCCCAUGGAAGAGAAGGAACUCCUUUCACCCCUGAGUGAACCUGAUGACAGGUAUCCACUUAUUGUGAAGAUUGACCUGAAUCUCUUGACUCGAAUACCAGGAAAGCCUUACAAAGAAACAGAGCCACCCAAGGGGGAAAAGAAAAAUGUGCCAGAAAAACACAACAGAGAAGCUCAGAAGCAACCCUCAGAAAAAGUUUCCAAUAAAGGCAAGAGGAAGCAUAAGAAUGAAGAUGAUAACCGAGCCAGUGAGAGCAAAAAACCCAAAACAGAGGAUAAGAGCUCAUCAGGCCACAAGCCAUCCAGCAACAGAGAGUCAUCUAAACAGAGUGUUGCAAAAGAAAAGGACUUACUGCCUUCACCUGCUGGGCCUGUUCCUUCCAAAGAUUCAAAAACAGAGCACAGCUCUCGGAAGAGGACUGUCAGUCAGUCCUCCUCAGUGAAGCCGAGCGGCGCUGGCAGCAAGGAGAGUAGCGGCGGUGGCAGCAAGAGUGGCUCCUCCUCGGCCAAGCAGAAGAAAGCCGACGGGAAGCUCUCCGGGAGCUCCAGAGACGCCAAGGAAAAGGUUACAAAUAGCUCUUCUAACUGUCCUCCAUCUACACCAACUACUGAUGCUUCUAAGUCUCGGAGAACAAAGCUUGCCUUUGAUGACAGAAACUACUCAGCGGACCAUUACUUACAAGAAGCAAAAAAGCUCAAGCACAACGCAGAUGCGCUGUCCGACAGGUUUGAGAAGGCUGUGUUCUAUCUUGAUGCUGUGGUGUCUUUCAUCGAGUGCGGGAAUGCACUGGAGAAGAACGCUCAGGAAUCCAAGUCCCCGUUUCCUAUGUACUCAGAUACAGUGGAGCUCAUUAAAUACACUAUGAAGCUAAAGAAUUAUUUGGCGCCGGAUGCUACCGCGGCAGACAAGAGGCUGACCGUGCUCUGUCUGAGGUGCCAGUCUUUGCUGUACCUGAGACUGUUCAAACUGAAGAAAGAAAAUGCCCUGAAGUACUCAAAGACCUUGACAGAGCAUCUGAAGAAUUCUUACAGUAAUUCUCAAGCACCAUCACCUGGCUUGGGAAGCAAAGCUGUGGGGAUGCCUUCCCCAGUUUCUCCCAAGCUUUCACCUGGCAAUUCAGGAAGCUACUCCUCUGGAGGCAGCAGUGCUUCAGUCAGCGGUUCUUCGGUGACCAUUCCACAGAAGAUCCACCAGAUGGCAGCCAGCUAUGUGCAGGUUACAUCCAACUUCCUCUAUGCCACUGAAAUUUGGGACCAAGCAGAACAGCUUUCCAAAGAGCAAAAAGAAUUCUUUGCUGAACUGGACAAAGUGAUGGGCCCACUCAUCUUCAACGCAAGCGCCAUGACGGACCUCGCCCGCUACACCCGGCAGGGACUCCACUGGCUCCGCCAGGACGCCAAGCUGGUACCUUGAACUGAACACAUUCUCGUUGCCUCGGAUUUUCUUCACAGCACUGUGUCACAUCACAAAGGAAACUGCCAUAACACACCACCUAGUCAACACUAAGAAUGAGGAAUACGUUUUCCUCUCUGGUUUAUGUGUUGUUUUUUAUAACCCAGAGCCAUCAUAUCAAUUGAUCCCUUCUCUAUUCCUGAUGUGCAGAAGUAUUUAAAUGCUUUUAAACCUGUCACACAUUGGUAAGGUGGUUUUAGUAAUUUGAAUUCCAGUUACAAUUAGUAUGUAAUCAAGUGAAAUUCUAUUUAUUUAAAUUUUUUUUCAAGUUUCCAGAUUAGGGCUUGUUUAAGCUUCGUUACUCUGCUUAUAAAUUUUACUGUUGAAUAUUUAGCAUAAAUUUAAUGUAGGCAUUUUUAUUUAUAUAUUUGGGAGCUUUGUUACCUAAUGUCUUUUUGUGGUAGCUCUUCUAAGAGUAAGAGUUGGUUCAUCUAAGAUAGGGACAUGUUCUUUCUAUACCUACUACCUGGUAUUAUUUCAAAUCUUACAAUUUAUGCUUAGUAUUAAGGAUAUUCUUCUACACAUGAAAAAAAAAUCACUUAACUAUGAGAAGUUGGCAUUCUAUAUGGAUGUAAAAAGAGAUUGAUUUGGUAUACAUUAUUUCAAAAACUGUGAAUGUGUGUUAACACUACCAAUCACAAGGUGACUAUAAUUUGCAUUUAGUGCAUUACAGAAAAGCAGAUAAACUUGCUGGGAGAAGCAUGUCAUAUCGAAGGGUUUCAUAAAAGGACAAUCUUAAUUUUUUUUUUUAAAUAAUGUGUUCUUUUUUGUUUUAAUCAUUUGACAAUUGAAGCAGAAUAAGUUGCUCCUGAAAAUGGGGCGGGAUGUGAUUGAAUUUCCAAAGGUCACUGCCUCCCUCUUUUUAACUGAUGCCAUAAGUUUAAAUCUCUGCAGAUUUCCCCCCAUUAGAUGCUGAUGCUCAGAUCUGACCUGUGCGGUGUCUGAUGUGGGAGGGGCUGGCUGGAGGUCAGGUGCAUGUGCGUAGGAGUUCAAAUGGCUAAUGUAGAGAGGAUGAAUUUUGCCUUUGUGAGGGCUCUCAUCGGGGAUGUAUGCUUCUGGCAAGAUCAGGAAAUUCCUGACAGUGGAAGCCAGGCAUGGAGGCGUGUGCCUACAAUUCAAUCCCAGCGCAUGGGAAGCGGAGGCAGGAGGAUUCGGAGUUUUAAGAUCAUCCUUCUUUACUACAUAGUGCGAGGCCACCUUAGGCAGCAUGAGACCCUGUCUCAAAAAUAAAGAAAGAAAAGAAAAUUCACACUACAAAAAGUACAAAAGUAACAAAAGUUGGUUCAGUGUGAGCUCUCUUGGAAAGGGGUAGGAGACAGGGAUAGAUAGUUUAAGAAGGCCGUUUUGGCAGAGUUGUGGGGAAAGUGCCUCUGCCCACAAGGUACAUAGAGGCGUCAAGGGUGAGGCAUACAUGGAGCUCCUUGGUUUCUCGUGCCCCUGUCAUGUCUGGUGUGCCUUAAGUCAUUUCUUGAGAUGAAGACUGGAUUGUUUACAGUGAAGUUUUACACUAAGACCAGAUUAGCCAUGCAUAACUGGUCCUCUUCAGUAAUAAUGUUAAAUUCUCUUUGAUUUUAAAUCUAUCAUUAGAGUCCUGUAAGGAUAAUUCCUUCAGAAAAGCUAAUGUUUUGAUACAUAACUUAAUCUAACCAGUCGGGUAAUGUUCCUUCAAAACACAGUUUGUCCUCAUUUUAAAAAUCCAUCCAGUUGUAAAAGCUUUUCUCACGAUCAGUUCAUGAUUAUUGAGACUUGAAAUGGGAAAGGGGAAGGAGGGAUAGAAAUCUACGAGUCCAGUUCUAGUCUCUUCUACCCCUGAUCACUGAGCAUAGUUAACUCUGUCCUGCACUCUCAUAUUUACAGAACUUAACUGUUUUGUACCUCAUUUUUAUAUACCAUUGAAGAUUGAAAUUACAUAUUAUGCUAAAUUUAAAUCCCCCCCCCCCCCGGAGAUCUUGCUUCUGGUAUCUUUCUACUUUAAUCUUAGUCUGUUUUAGGGAUCAUUUUCUUCCAGAGAGCAAGGUCUCCUCAGUUUUGUGCUAGUCCUUCACUGAGUAUAACGGUUGUUAAUAAGUGUGUGUUAGUCCUGUCUUUUACUGGGUUUCUCACCCUGGUCUUCAUCUGCAGUGAUGUCUUAGAAGUGACAGGGGGUCCCUGGACCUUAGGCUGCAGCAGCACGGCCUGGGGGCUGCCGCCUGCUCGCUCUUCCGGCCUUGCGUGCCGUGACCGCGCAGAUGCCGUGUCAGAGCGGCGGCCCACGUCUAUGGCGCUGCCCUAGACAGUCUCUCUUUUAAGACUUAACCCUUGGUGAACUUGUCAGUGCUUUCACUGUGGAGGACCCACCCCCUGCUGGAAAUGUGCAAUGGAUCAAAAUCCACAGCCUUCAGUGUCCUGGUCUGUGAGUCCACUCUAGGCUUCGUGUCUGUCUGCUCAAACCUCCUCUCUGGCGUCUGCUCUAGCACAUGCCUGGGACUCCUUACAGGUGACCAUUCCUCCCUUCCCAGCAGCUGUCCUCGGUGUUUUCUAACCCUUUUAAACUGAUUUUGACAACUAGCUACAAACCUGCUUAUUCUGAGACUUGUACUCAAAUACUGCGCAGUUAUAGAAAUAGUGACUAUUUAAAAAUACUCUGUUGACUGCUCUUAAAGCCACACUUGUAUUCCAGGAGGGAGCAGCUGCACCGUUGGGCUCUGCAGUCACCCCACAAACCGAUUACCGUGGCGAAGCCGUCGUAGUAGGCUUGCCCCGGAGAGGUGGGGCUGUGGAGAGCACUCCCCCCUGGGCGCCCCAGCUUGCCCAGCCCACGCUCUGUUCUGGCUGGGAAUGCCCAGCCCUUUCCUUGUCUCAGUGUCGGCAUUUUCUUGGCAAGGAGCCAGGAAGUCACUUUAUAAGCAGUGAGCGCUCGCGAUCAGUGUACAGCCGUAGCUGUUGAAGGUGGAAACCGGCCUCUACUGAUGCGGUUCUCCCAUCGGCUUUAACGCAGAGAGCCUGUGCCUACACAGUGUUCUCGGGGGAGCUCUUGCACUAGGGUCCACAGCCAUCUGGACUGCACUUUGAAUGACACACUUGUGGCUUUGGUAUAUAUACUAAGUUAAACAAAUUUUUUUUCCUUAAAGGUUUUAGUCAGCUAGCUCAGAUGGUAUCACUUUGUACAACUGCAGAGACUGGUGCAUCGGUGUUUAAUGAAAGAGCUUGCAUUGUGAAACAAAAGCCUACGGAAGGUGCCUGUUCAAAGGGAAGCACUGGUCAAGGCCAGUGCUCGUGGAGUUUUCAGAGCAGCCAGGGAUGCCUAGUUCAGUGGAGGAAGGGGAUGCUAUGCACUCUUGUAGGUAUGAGGGUAUGCAACUUGGGAUCUUGAAAAUUAUGUACACAUACACACUUUAUAUAUAUGUAUGUAUGUAUGUAUGUAUGAAAACAUGAAAUUAGUUUGUCAAAAAUGUGUGUGUUUAGUCUUUUAGCUUAGUGCAACUAUUUCCACAUUAUUUAUUAAAUUGAUCUAAGACACUUUCUUCUUGACACCUUGAAUAUUAACAUUCAAGAGUGCAAUGUGUAUUCCUUUAGAUUGUUAAAGCUUAAUUACUAUGAUUUGUGGUAAAUUAACUUUAAAAAAUAUAUUUGAGCCCUUCUGUAAUGUAACAGGGCUCUUACAGGGUGGGAAAGAUUUUAAUUUUCCAGUAUCUAAUUGAGCAAAAUGGCUUCAUUGUAUAAUUUGAUUUCUAGGAGUCUGUUUACAGGUAGGUGUCUGGGUGUGGGUCAUCCGCUAGGGAUAACUUGUUUUAUGCAGACUGUGGUGAUGUUUAGAAUAAACACUGACACUUCAGAGCAAACAUUUCUAACCCAUCGAGACUCCUAGAGCUUACACCCCCUCCUGUGGAGCACACUGCAUUCAGCUUCCCAUCAGAGUGUGGGAGAGGCAAACUUUUUCCCAAUAAUGCUGUUCAGUGGUCACAGGAAAGUCAGUAGAAGUAACGAUUGAAUGGCUUGGAGGAAACAGUGAUGAAAGGUUAAAUUGGUCACGUUUGUGAACAUACCUUUCUCAUAGUCAGUAAUGGAGGGAUUCAGCUUGGGCCACUAGAUCCUAAAUCCAAGCCAACAAGUAACAGGAUGUCAUUUGUUACAAGUCUGUGAAGGAACCAGGUGUAGUGGUGCUUGCUACAAUCCCAGCACUUGGAAGCUGAGGCAGGAAGAUUGUCAGAUCAAAGCCAGUGUAUGCUUCAUAGAAAAAUUAAAAACAAAAGCUGGUCUGCUAAAGUCCUGUUCACAGGAACCUUAAAAGGAAGUUGCUGUCUCCAGGAUGAAAAGAAUAGUUACACCUCUUUUUUUUUUUUUAAUGAAAUUUGGUCACAGAAUAAGAUAUUCUGCUUAAGCCUCAGCCAAGACGAGCAGAUGCUUACACAUCCUGAAAUAGCAGCCUAAAUAGUUGUCAUGUCCGGAAGUUGACUUUUGGGAAUAUCAGUGUGGACUUCUUGCUACCAUUGCUCAGCUAAGUAGAAAUCACUGUUCUUAAAAACAAACACCAAGAAAGUCACCAAGUGAGCAUGGAAAGCUCGCACCCAGAAGUUACAGUUGUUUCUGACCUCCUGCUGCUUCCAUGUGGGGUUCCUUUGUUAGCUUUUAACCAUUUAUAUUUUUUACUUGCUGUAUUCCUUUCUGGAAAAUAGCAGUUUGAAAUGCUGCUUUUCCAAAAAAAAAAAAUGCCAUUCAUAUUGUUGAAUUUGUUGUUGCUGUUCAGGAAGUGUCCCCGUUCUACA